ACUUUGUUCGCCGCCUUUGUCCUAAUCCACACCAGCAGGUGGAGCCGCAGUUAAAGUUUCCGAGUCCAUUCUGAGAGCGGGAGCCCCUCUUGCUUGCUGCGGAGGCCCUCGCUGAAGGAGGAGGGUCAGAGCUCCGGUGCAGCCAAUCGCGAGCAACGCUGCUAGUUAUCAGAGCAGAAUGGGCUGUAGUUUAGUGAAAUAGGAAAGCUGCAAAACACUGUGGAGUGUUCCCGUGUAAAUAAAAAGAGGAAAAAAAAGUUUCUCAAGUCGCCGCUGCAAGACGUUGGGCCGGCGCCGGGGCGGGGGUCUGCACUCUCCCGAACGGCCGCGCGUUGGACUUUAUUGUGCCGCAACAAGCCCCCGUUCCCAUUGUUUGUGUUCUUUUCAAAAUAUGGCAAAGGUUCAGGUGAACAAUGUAGUGGUGCUGGAUAACCCUUCUCCUUUCUACAACCCAUUCCAGUUCGAGAUCACCUUCGAGUGCAUCGAGGACCUGUCUGAAGACUUGGAGUGGAAAAUUAUCUAUGUGGGCUCUGCAGAAAGUGAAGAAUAUGAUCAAGUUUUAGACUCUGUUUUAGUGGGCCCUGUUCCUGCAGGAAGGCAUAUGUUUGUAUUUCAGGCUGAUGCACCUAAUCCAGGACUCAUUCCAGAUGCAGAUGCAGUAGGUGUAACAGUUGUGCUAAUUACAUGUACCUAUCGAGGACAAGAAUUUAUUAGAGUUGGCUAUUAUGUAAAUAAUGAAUAUACCGAAACAGAAUUAAGGGAAAAUCCACCAGUAAAACCAGACUUUUCUAAGCUUCAAAGGAACAUUUUGGCAUCUAAUCCCAGAGUCACAAGAUUCCACAUUAAUUGGGAAGAUAACACAGAAAAACUGGAAGAUGCAGAGAGCAGUAAUCCAAAUCUACAAUCACUUCUUUCAACAGAUGCAUUACCUUCAGCAUCAAAGGGAUGGUCUACAUCAGAAAACUCACUAAAUGUUAUGUUAGAAUCCCACAUGGACUGCAUGUGACCGCCUGCCAUCCCUUUAGUACAAAUUAAGCUAUAAAAACACACAGAACUAUUUCCCUGAAGUUCCGUAAUUCAUAGUCACUAAGACACAAUGUGAAGAAUUUGUUUUAAAAACAUCCUGUAGAAAGUUUAUAAGAAAACCAGUAUUUGAGCAAAUUGUGGAAUAUAAAUACAACUAUUUUUAAGUAAUUUUUUCUCUAAUGUGUUAUUUUGUUUGUUCUAAAACUAAUCUGAUUAAAACAUUAUUUUCUUCUCCUAUAUAUGUAAUUAAAGCCCUUAUAAAGAAAUAUGAAUUAUUAGACCAGAUUGUAAAGAUGUCUUAGCCUCUUGGACAAUAAUCUUUGGAUCACUAAGUUUAUUGGCCUUCAAAAGAACAAAGUACACUUCAACUAAAAUGUUUCUUCGUGUAAAACAUAGUUUGGUUUAAUUAAGGAGUGGAUUUCCUUUUUUUUGGCAUAUCCUCUAGAAUUUCUUUAAGACUAAAAAUGCAACUAUACGCUACUAAGAACGUUAGGAUCUGAUUUUCCAGGCCAUCUUGAAGCCUUGUGUGGCUACUAUUACAGUUCACAUAAUGUUAGACAGCAUUCAGUUUUGUUUCUAAGAUAAUAACAAAUGUGGCUAAAUCUUUUAAAGUCUUUUGGCUAUGGUCUGUGCUUUUGUAAGCGUUUAGGACAUAAGAACACUUACUCAACCAUACACAUCAUUAUCACCCAAAGACGUCAACAUGUAAAGAGCAGAUACAAACUCCCUCAGUUUAAGAACAGGAGUGUAUUAUGACUUAGGCCAGUUCAUUAGCUUUAUGAUAAUAUUAUAAACCUAACUCUUUAAAAUUGUUUUCAUAGUUCAUCUGUUGGCAGCAUUGAUAUGAAAACAGUGGAUGUGGGUAGGUAUAUAAGCUUUAUCAUAACAGAUAAGUUACUAUUUUGGAAAUAUAUAUAUUUUCACACAUGUAGUGCUCUUCUCCAUAUCCCCUGAGACUCAUGCAGAAUAAGAUUAGGCAUUUUUGUAGCUGACAUAUUCUAGAUAGCUUUUCCAGAUAAGUUUUUUAAAAGCAGUCUUGGAAAGGAAUUAACUAAAUGGGCCAAAAGGUUCUUUUUCUUUGAUAAGAGCUAGGUCCUUCCUCAGAAAGUUUCUUAUGCUUCAUUAAAUUAAGUGUAGAAUAUUCUCAUGACUCUUGCUGCUAAGUAAGACAUCAGCCAUAUGAUGCAGAGUUAUGCAGUGCCUUCAUAUCUAAAACUUUUAUACUCUACACUUUUUAAAACUUUCAUUUUGAGGAAGGGAAAAGGGCAUUUGUCUGAAUAUGGAAUCUAAGUUGUACAUAUUUCCUGUCAUUCUCAAAGAGUGAAUUUGUGAAGCAGAAUUUUGCUAAAUGUUAAACUUUGAAAUUUAAUAUACCAGAUUAUUAAAAUACUGUCCACUAAACUAGUUCAGACUUUAAAAAUAAAAUACAUCCUACUGUUAAAACUA